AGUCUUGAAAUUACACUCUGAGAGUCUAGACAAGUGUGAUUUUGUGAAUCCAUCGUCUCCUAAAGUAGAAAAGCUAGAAAAUAAUAAAAAAGAGAAAGAAUCCCACUCUACUUUUGAUAGCUUCCACUUAUAUAUCUUCUCUCAUCUUCUAUAGGCAGCAAUAAACUUCACUUCUCUCUCUCCUUUUUUCAGUUUAUUCUCUCUUUGCCUCACCAUUUCUGCUCAUAUGUAUUCGUUUGAUUUGAUCUGCCAAAGUUGAAUCUAUUCCUUUUAUAGUACCAUUCUCACCAUAACAACCAGUUAAGUCCCUCUUUCUCUCUGUUUGGUUUUAAUUAAUGAUCUAAAAACCCUAAUCUCGAUCCAUAUAAGAAACGCAAAAACCCUAGAUCAGAUUCCAUCUUCUUCUUACCAAAUUCAAAACAAGAUUAAGCUAUGGAACUGAUCUCUCACCAAGCAAACAAGAACCCUAAUACCUCAGUACAAUUAACACCUCCUUCCCCGAGCCGGUACGAGAACCAGAAACGCCGUGACUGGAACACCUUCUGCCAGUACCUCCGGAACCACCGUCCUCCGCUCUCUCUGCCCUCGUGCAGCGGCGCACACGUGCUCGAGUUCCUCCGCUACCUUGACCAGUUCGGUAAAACAAAGGUUCACCACCAAAACUGUGCCUUCUUUGGCCUCCCUAACCCUCCCGCCCCUUGCCCUUGUCCUCUCCGACAAGCCUGGGGCUCACUAGACGCUCUCAUCGGCCGCCUCCGUGCCGCCUAUGAGGAGAACGGUGGCCCUCCCGAGGCUAACCCCUUCGGCUCACGCGCCGUCAGGUUAUACCUCCGUGAAGUCAGAGACUUCCAGGCCAAAGCUCGCGGUGUUAGCUAUGAUAAGAAGAGGAAGAGAGUUAACAGGCAGAAAACGCAAACGCUAUUGCAGACGCAGCCGCCUCUGCCGCUUCAACAACAUCAACAACAGCAGCCACAACAAGGUCAGUCUGUGAUGGCUAAUUACUCGGGUGCAAUUGUAUGAUCAUAUUUAUUUAAAUUUCCCCACUUUUUAUGUAUUGUAUUGUUUUGUAUUUGCUUCUCUAUCUGUAUAAUCUAUUGUCUUAUCUGCAUUAUCUACAUAUGCUGUUGUUGCUCUUUUAGUUGUUUGUGAACAAGAUAUGUUUAUGAUUAUUCACGCUACAGUGUUUGAUCCUUUAUGUUUUUGGAGUUUUAAUUUGAUUUAAAUUAUAACCA